AUGAAGAAGAUCCUGAUUUUCCUGGCGCUCAUAGUGGUCGUGUGCUACGCGGCCUCGUCCGAAGCGGAGGGCGACGCCCUGCCAGAAGACGGCGACGUGCCCCUGGACAAGAUGCAUGACCCCUUCUACAACCGCUGCCUCUCCCGACUCUCGCUCGACCCCCGUAUGAGAAUCUAUUUGCGGAAUCCUCUAUUCAUACGCUACUUGAGACAUCGGUGUCCUUUC